GUCAAAGUUGUGGCAGUGUCAAUUAAAUAAACAAAGCAGAAAAAUUUUUCCAGUUCCCAACGUCGUAUAUCUGGUAAAUUCUAUCUUAGCUGAAAGAGUUCUUAUCAAAAGCUAUAAUCAGUAGUGGCGGUGUAGUUUGAUGCGUUCGCUAACGCGAAUCGCGACGUGCAGAGUUACGGCAACGACAGGAUGACUACCCUACGUGCGAACAAACGGAAACUCCGUUCGGAGCUCAGUGCAUCCUUUGUGAUAAUUUGUUCGCUGGCACUGUUAGGCCAUCGAAGUGGUUGCAAUGGAGAAUCAACAGACAUCGAGCUGGAUGCCAAGGCCAACAAAAUGCAUCAAAUUGAUAGCCUUAAUUUACUGCUGUACACCUUUCUGCUCACGCUGACCGUGCUUACAAUUUGGCUCUUCAAACAUCGGCGGGUUUCCUGGCUUCAUGAAACAGGACUUGCUGUUAUAUAUGGCCUCAUAGUUGGAGCUAUAAUCCGGUAUGCUGGCACUACAACGCCAAUCACUCACGUAGCGGUGGAACCGGAAGUGGACGUGAAAUAUAAUCAGAGUCUGCCCCCGGACACGCUAUGGCUUAUUUUUCCAGGGAAGUUGCCGGUCAAUCCAGACGCACCGGUUCGGGCAAACAAAAGUUAUUCCUACAGUUUCCGUGGUGAAGUUGCCAAACUAGAGGAGAACGAAAUUGACUUGAAAGCAACCUUCGAUCCGGAAAUUUUCUUCAAUAUUAUUUUGCCGCCGAUAAUCUUUCAUGCUGGAUACAGUCUGAAGAGGAAAUAUUUUUUCCGCAAUUUAGGAGCCAUUCUAACAUUUGCCAUAAUAGGGACGACGCUUUCGGCUUUUUUAAUCGGGGCUUUGAUGUACGGUUUUGCACAGAUGAUGCCGAAACUGAGUGCCAGUUUUACGUUUCUCGACAUGCUUUACUUUGGAGCACUGAUAUCACCGACUGAUCCAUUGACAAUAUUAGCGAUAUUUAGUGAUAUGCAUGUCGAUGUCAAUCUGUACGCUUUGGUGUUUGGUGAAAGUGUAUUAAACGAUGCCGUAUCGCUUGUACUUAGCGGAGCUAUUCAAAACUAUGGCGAGCACUACUCAAGCACCGGUGGUUUCGAAGGACAUGCCUUUCUUAGAUCUUUAGGAGACUUUUUUAGCGUAUUUUUCUUUUCACUCUUGAUAGGAGCAUCGAUGGGUUGUAUAACGGCCCUCAUGACAAAAUUUACCCACAUUCGUGAUUUUCCGUUAUUAGAGUCGGCCUUGUUUGUGCUGAUGUCAUACAGUACGUUCCUCAUUGCCGAAGCAGCGGAACUUACAGGUGUCGUGGCUGUAUUGUUCUGUGGUAUAUGUCAAGCGCACUACACGUAUAAUAAUUUAUCGGACGAUUCACGAACUCGAACCAAGCAGAUAUUUGAACUGUUGAAUUUCCUCGCAGAAAAUUUUAUUUUCUCCUACAUCGGUGUGUCGAUGUUCACCUUCCCGAAACAUCACUUCGACCCGCUGUUUAUUUUUAGUGGUUUUAUAUGCGCCGCGAUCGGCCGAGCUGUAAAUAUCUAUCCUCUGUCGGCGUUACUAAACAUUGCUAGAAAGCCAAAGAUUUCGUGGAACUUCCAACAUAUGCUGUUCUUUGCAGGUCUCAGAGGAGCAAUGUCAUUUGCACUAGCAAUUAGAAAUACCGUGUCGGAUGCACGGCAAGCCAUGCUCACCACAACUUCGCUUAUCGUUAUCGCUACUGUAAUUAUUCAAGGUGGCGCAUCUAACUUUUUGCUGAAUUGGUUGAAAAUACCAGUUGGUGUAGAUGAUGAAACGGAAGCGCUACCUUAUCGGGGUGUCAGAAGCGUCUACAACUCGAUGGAGAACACAGCCGGGUCUAUCGACGUUGGCCUGAAUCUAAGUCAGCUGCAAGUUAAUAGAAGAACCAGCUCAUUGGACUUGGAGAACCAAGAUAGCGAAGGGGUAACCACCCCUGGUGGAACGAGGAGAGGAAAUGAGAAAGCCGUUUUGGCUCGCGUUUGGGGUAAUUUCGAUACAAGAUAUAUGAAACCAUUGCUGACCCAUUCACGGCCAACUCUUCUGGAAACGCUUCCGGUGUGCAUGAGUCCAAUCGCGCGACUGUUAACCACUACGGAACAGUUGACGCAGGAGGGCCCCACCCGACGUGCGGAUUCAGACUCAGAUCUGUGCAUCGAUGACGAUGAUCGGACAUCGCGCGGUGAUGGUACCAUUCGGCGUAAUUCGAUCACUCGCGAUGCAAAUAACGCCAUCAACUUGUUCAACUCCCAAAAUGAGAAAGUAAUGAAACGCUUGUGAUUUCUGUUUUAUGAAGCUCUAAACAAAUGAAAACGUAGAAUGACGAACGGAAAAAUAAGAAAAUUCUCUUGCAGGUGUCGAGUAUUUUGCUUGCAAGAAAGCUGUGUAAAUAUUGUUUAAUUUAGAAACAUUACAUUUAUUAUUAGAAAAGAAUUGGUUUAUGCAAUUUGUGGUGUGGUACGAAACAUUGAUGUGCAUAAAAAAACAACAAGAAAAGCUGUAAGAGGUCGGUUAGUUUAAAUAAGAGUUACUAUGGUAAUAGUUCUUUUCUUUCGAUAAUACCAAAUUUCUUACAAACCAUUUCGUUUUUAGUAGUUUUAUACUUUUUUUAAAUUGAAUAUAGAACUUUCAUUUGUACCGACAGUUUCGCCGAAAGUGUAUUAUGUAAUGUGCCAAUGCAAUGAACGUAUGCAUCGAAUAGUGUCAGCCUGGGCUGUAGAAUUUUAAUUUGAUCUAUAUAUUCUGUACAUUGUUCAAAAAUAUCUAUGUACUAAAUAGUAGCCACAGUCGGUAGAGCAUCACAAUUGCAAAUCCAAUGUUGUUCUAUUAAAUUAUAAUUUGAAUGGUUUUACUCCCAACUACUAAAAUUGGCAGUUUCACAUGUUAUGAGCCACGACUAAUAGUUUUAUAAUUUAUAUAAUCCGUACUUAAUUGUUAAGUUUCCCUACAACAGUUUUCACAGAAAACACAGUAGAAUGUUAUCCAUCUCGCUGCUGCAAUAGCAAUGAGUUCCCAAGAAUAGAUGAUAAAUUCCUCCGAGAGGUUAGAUCUUAACACCACGCGGUGACACGAGAAUGGUUUUAACACGAGGCAACCAAGUUAAUAGAAAGCGAAUUGAAUACUUAGAUAUAUCUAUUGUUUUAUUAGAAAUUGUGGAAAAUUUUGCCGAGUAUACAUGAUUUGAAAGAGCAACCUAGCCGUGAGACAGUGAACCAAUUGCAAAACAAGAGUGAAUAAUUUGCCACAAAUACAAUGUCCUCUAUGUGAA